AUGUGGCGCCUGGCGGUGUUGGGCUUCGGAGUUGUCCAAGCUCAGUUCGAUCUGAAGGGUGCCAUCCAAUGGAUCAAUGACAACAGUCAGGACAUCUUUGAGACUUCCAGCCAUUGCUUGGAUGCAUUGAAGAUUGGCCAAGAGAUCUACCAGGAUUGUGGCCAAGCGGUGGACGUGAAGAACUUCGGUGCCUUGGCUGCCUGGGGGAUGCUGGAAGCCCUGGAGUAUGUGAAGGAUCCGGUCGUGCAGGAGAUCGUGAAGUCUCCGGUGGUGCAGUCCUUCAAGGAGAAAGCCAUGCAUCGGGUGGAGGCUGGGACCCACAAGUCCAUGGAUGCCUUUUGCCAAAGCGAGUGCCAGAAUCGAGUCGGAGGCUUCGACAAGGAGUAUAGCCUGUGCUCCGGUUCCGCGCUUUGCGCCGCCAUGAGUGCAAACCUUGACUUUGAGAAGUGCAAAGGCGUCAUGGAGAAAUGGUUCCCGAAGAGCAUGCAUAUUCAGGAGGAUAACAUUUGCGCGAAGGAAGGAGAGAUGUACUGCCAAGAAUUCUGGGAUUGCUGA